AUGUAUCUGUUGGUAGGUUAUAAUGUUGGAACGGUGGCGUACGAAUGUCAGCACUACCGCCUACUCACAGAAGGAGAUAGAAACGUUAUGAGCGGCACACUGUUAGGCAAAUGUGACAACAACUUAGCAGAGGGCUGGUACCGAAUCUCAGGAACUGCUGGAACUCAGAUGCCUAACUCGUGCCCGGGCCCCGGAAAAUGUAACACUCAGUAUCCUGGUUGGCUGUUUGGUUCACAUCCCCAUAAGGAUGAUGGGUGUGUAGCCAUGCAGGUUUGCUUUGGUGAUUAUUUCUCGGGAUGUUGCCAGUAUCGCAAGCAGGUAUUGGUCAGGAAUUGUGGGGGAUUUUACGUGUACAAGUUGGGUCCAACUCCUGGAUGUAAUUUUCGUUACUGUGGGCGAAAUGCACCUUAG